UUGCGGUCGAGAAGUGGAGCUUAACAGACGUGUUUCGAAUCCAAGGCGUCAAACAAUUAAAAAUAAGCACAAAAAGGGAAAAACCUUUGAAAAAAAAUAAUAAAAAAUUAAUAAAUAAUCAUAAAUUAAAGUGAUUGAAGGACAUUCUAAUAACCUAAAUAACAAUAAUUCGUGUUUUGUUUACGUCGCUAAUUAUUUCAAUCGCAUUCUCGCCAACAUGUUAAUAAGAUUGAUAUUUUUAACGUUGCUGGGCACGGCAUUCGCUCCCUCGCCAUUCAGUCGGCAUUACAGGGGACCUUAUGCGAAUCCGUUUGCCGGUGCUUACAGCUCUCUUGGACAAUUUGGCCCCUUUGGAAGUGUUUCUUUGGCUCAUCAAGAAUCUUCUACGGUACCAACUUUCUUCUUGGGAUCGAAUAUCGGAGCAGGAUCGACGAAUAAACCCGCAAAUAGCAUAAAACCUGCGGAACGAUCCGGAAUUUUUGAUACAAUUUACGAAUGGAAUAUCCUUGAUUACGCUUUUAAUUCGCCGCAAGAAAGACAACAAGCAAUCAUGUCGCAAGAAUUCGUUCCGGAGAAUAAUUUACCUUUGGGCAUCGAUCGCUGGAAGAAUACAUUAUUCGUGACAACACCUCGUUGGAAAGAAGGAACUCCAGCAACACUUUCGACAAUUGACUUACGUAACAACUUCAAAUCGCCACUUCUCGUUCCCUAUCCUGACUUCAGUUGGCACUCGUCAACCUCGAAUCCCGAUUGCACGAAACUCAUGAAUGUUUAUCGCACAUUUGUCGACGAAUGUGACCGAUUGUGGGUCAUUGAUGCCGGUGUCGUGGAAACUUUGACGAAUUUCCGGCAAUUGUGUCCGCCGAAAAUUGUGAUUUUUGAUUUGAAUACGGAUGCGCACAUUUUCACCUACGAGCUGCCGCCAGAACAAGUGAAACAGGAUUCGCUUCAUUCGAGCAUUGUGGUCGAUGUGCCGAAUGGCAAGUGUGAAGAUGCCUUUGCUUAUGUAACUGAUGUCUGGAGAUUCGGCGUUGUCGUUUUUAGCUUCAAUGAGGGACGUAGCUGGAGAACGACGUCACAUUUGCAUUUGCCGAACCCGUUGGCGUCAGAUUUUAACUUCCAAGGCAUCAAUUUCCAAUGGACCGAUGGAACCUUCGGCAUCUCCCUCGCUCCCGUCGCUGACCAACGUACCGGCGAUCGUGCUUUGUUCUUCCAUCCAAUGUCGAGUUUCAUGGAAUUCAUGGUGAACACGGGCGUUUUAAAGAACGAAACAAACUGGAUCAAUGGUCCCUUCAUCGGCCCCGUUUCCAAUCCGCAAUCUUUCCAACCCGUCGGCAAUCGUGGCUUGAAAGGACAAAGCUCUACGUCCGCCAUGGCUCGUAACGGCGUUCAAUUUUACAAUUUGGUUCAACGAAGUGCCGUCGGCUGUUGGGACAUUCGCAAGCCUUAUACCAUGCACAAUUUGGCUCUCGUGGAAUCGGAUGCCAUCAAAUUAAAUUUCCCGAAUGAUAUCAAGGCGGAUUAUGAAAUUAAGCAGAAUUUGUGGGUCUUGACGAAUUAUUUGCCGCAAUUUUUGUACUCGCAAUUGGAUUACAAUCAAAUUAAUUUCCGGAUUUUAGCGACGCCCGUUGAAAGAGCGAUCGCUGGAACGGUUUGUGAUCCAAGUGUUUCGGCUUCAUUAGCUCCGAAUCCACUUGACACGUGUGUUUAAAGCUUUGACAAUUUUUUUUUGUACUUUUUUAACAAUAAAUGAAGCCUUUUGCUGCCUUUUAAUAAUUUUUUUUUGACAUUG